GACUAGCCAGCACCUAUCGCACUAUCAGUAUGAUCCUAGUAUCACCAACCAAGCGACCACAACACUUCCAGUGCCGAUCAUCACACGCGGCCGUGGCCCUCCAUCUGCUACUUCUCGGUGUAGCACUGGCAAUGGCGAGCGGCACCACAAGGGCACACGCCGUCCACGCGCCGUGCUGCAACCUGCUCCAGGGGGUGAACCUGGCGCCGUGCCUGGCGAUGGCGGCGUCAGGCGGCGGCGCCGUGAACAUAAGCGCCGCCUGCUGCUCGUCGCUGAACGAGGCGCUCGACGCCGGCCGCCGCUGCCUGUGCUCGCUGCUGCUGGCCAACGGCGUGCUCGCCGGCCUCGUCGCCACCCUGAUCCCCACGCUCCCCAUGGUGCUGCCGCUGCCCGGGUGCUACCUCUACGCGCCUCCUCUCGCGGCCUGCCAAGUGACGUUGCUGCAGACGAGUUAUGAUGCGCCGCCGGCGUCGGCAUCUGUGGCUGCGGGCGUGGGGGAUGCUGCUGGCGGCGCGGUGGAUCCGGCGCCUCCUCAGGCCGACAUCGCGCCGCCGCCUAAGAAUGGUAGUGUGGCUGGGACGAAGGAUGGUGGGAGGACGGACGGGAGCGGAGGCAAUGGCUCUAGGGAGGAGCAGAGCGUUAGAAGGAGCGAAGCAUACCGGCGGCCCGGCGUUGGUGAGGGUAGGAUGUACAUGCUGAUCUUUGCGGCGGUCAUGGCUGUAUUUUUGUUCGAUUAAGUUGCCUGUCAUUAAACUGAAUGACUUGGCAAUGCAGUAUCCGUACCAUGGAUCUCUCUGUCUUAUCUCCCUGAGUGACGUUGCUGCCGACGCAUCUGGUGGCGUGUGUCUCUCAGUCACCGCUGCGGAAUCCUAGAUCUUGCAACAAACUAGUUGUUGCGGUGAUAGAAGAUUGCAACAACACCUCAGUUGCAAAUCUGGGCUAUGGAAAGAGGCGUCCAAUUAAAGAUAGAUUGACCGCCACGAAGGUGAUCGACGCGCACAGAAAGAUGCUCCGGUUGAACAGAAACU